CCAACGACAGCACCACCACCUGCUCCCACAGCGCCCGCACCCUGCCCGUCCGACUCUCUCUGCGAGCAGCCGUCGUCCUCCCUGGGGCCAUGAACGCCAUUUUCUGAGCCUCGCCCCCAGCUGCACCGCUUGACCGCCGACCGCCGACCGCCCGACCGCCGCCCGCCGCGUGCCCAUCGCUUUCGAUGCUGUCCCUUCCGCGGCUGUGGCACAUAUAGAAACACGCCUCCCCGCAGGCGGCCAACAUGCAGGACUCGGAACGCAGAGCGCGCGAGCUGGAGCGCUUAUACCAGCAGCGACGCGGUCACGCGCCCCAGAUCUCCAUAAGCGAUGACAGCCACCACGUUACCGAAGCCAUUGGCGACAUGUAUGGCCACGACGACGACUUCCCCAUGAGGCGCAACUCGCGGCCCCUGAGCUUCAUCAGCAACCCGCUCGGAGACAGCCUCGAGCCCUUCAACCCCUUCCCUGCCGCCCCGCCCAAAUCGCCCCUGCGUGCCCAGAUGAACCACGACCGACCGCCCAAUGCCGCAGGCCCCGCGCCGCUUGCGAGGAAGUCUUCGGCCGCCUCCAACGGGCAGCUCUCCCCUACGCUCUCCACGCCACCCUUGACAAGGACCAACUCGGAUACCGCCACACAGCAGUUUCCCCUGCACGAUUUGGACUAUGAGUCGAGCCCGGCCGGCCUCGCCCAGGAACUCAGCAAUCUGCAGGCCAUACGUCGCAUGUCCAUGGAUGUAAAUACAGCGGAUCCCGACCUGCCAUCAUUCCAAUCCUUCAACGUGCCUGCGCCGCCUCAACACUUUUCUGAAGACGAGGAUCCUUCGAAGCUCUUUUGGGUUCCUGCACGAUUGCACCCGGAGCUCGCACCCAAAGAGUUCAAAACAUUUAUAGAAGAGAAGGUUGACACGAUUAGACGCCGCUCCGGCGAUGGCGAUUCAUUGUCGCCCGAUGGUGCUUUGGGACGCCAGGGCUCCGGAGGGGGUUUGCGAAGGAAGAAGUCUAUGCUAUCACGGCAAAUCGACAGCGGCAGUGGCUAUCGCGAUGGUGCAGAACGCCUCGAGAGGAAACGUUCUGGGGCACAGCAGCCGAGUGGGGGUUUGCCCCAGCUUCAAGAGCUCGAAAACAUUGUAGAAGAUCCUGUUGCUUUGGCAAGGCGCAUGAGCAUUGACGCAGCCCGAAGGAACUCGGCCACGGACAACGACAACCCCGAAGAUGUCCCCAUCUUGCCGGGGAAUAUUGCUGGACCAGGAUCGCUGAAGCGUUCGACGCGUACAAACUAUAGACGAGGUAGUAUUCGUAAAGGAGAGCGCGUCCCGUUUUCACGCCGGGCAGCGGUUGCGAGGCAAGCUGAGACGGAUACCGAGGAAUCUCCCACUGCGUCUCCCAUACAAGGCAGAGAACAUGAGCUGUCUAACCUGUCUCUGACCAGAGUGCAAUCGGAGCCUUCAAACCAAAGCGCGGAAAAUUUCUCUCGUCCAACACGCCAACGAUCGCCUCCUGGGUUCCGGCAAGCUUCCGCUUCAUCUGAAGACCUGUCGAGAGCGGAGUCUUCCACAGAGGACCGAAGACCGCAGCCCAAAAAGUUUCAUUCUCGAAUUGCAUCCAAUGGUCGAACAACGGCUAAUCUACCUGGGCACAAUACUGCUCCGCAGUUGCCUCAGAUCAUCGCUACACCCCCUCCCCCAGAACCGCAGCGGAAACAAAUGCAGCUACCAGAGAGAAAUUCGUCGCGACAACCCCCUCCAAGUGCACCACAACCCCAAGGACCACGGCAACCACCUCAACAGCAGCAGCGUCCACCCCAGGCUUCAAGACAAAAUAAGCAUGCACAGGCCGCGCAGUCCUCACCUAUCAAGCCCGGACAAAGUAUGGAUGAUCUUACGCAUCCAGCAUCUCUUCCUGGCAAUAGUACAAGGACUGACACACUCUCCAUUAUCCCAAAUCUUGUCGAGGAAAAGAAACCGGAGAAAAAGCACAAGGACAAGAAGGACAGUUCUGAAGGUGGGUCGCGGAAGACGAGCUGGGGCUGGCUGCUGGGAGGCGAUGACAAGGAACGGGACAAGAAAGAAAAAGAAGAAAAAGAUAAGGAGCUUGCGAAGAAGGUCAAGAAUAAGUUGAGCAAGACGCAAGACAAGGGUCAAGUUCACGAUGACACCAGGCUUGACGUUCUGCAAAACUCUAUCCAGGGUAGUAACAGGGGCCGGGAGAGUGUUGUGAUCGAUCGAGAGAGCGUCAAGCUGGAAGAGGAACGCAAGAAAGAGAGCAGCCGCAAAUCUACCGGGCAUGAAAACAAGAAGGAAAAGGAGUCGGGCCUCUUCUCGUCCAUUUUCGGUGGAGGCAAGAAGAAAGGCGAGAAAGAAUCGCAUCACAAGAAAGGAAAUUCAAUGCGUGGGUUGUCACCAGAACCACCGCCAAGGGUACUCAAACCAGACAUCGACUACAAUUGGACCAGAUUCUCGAUUUUGGAAGAGCGAGCCAUCUACCGUAUGGCUCAUAUCAAACUCGCCAAUCCUCGCCGCGAAUUAUACUCGCAAGUCCUGUUGAGCAAUUUCAUGUACUCGUAUCUUGCGAAGGUCCAGCAAAUGCAUCCGCAAAUCCAAAUAGGCACUUCUGCGCAAGCCAAACAGCAGCAGCAACGCCAAGCUCAAGCCGCCGCCCAGCAAAAGAAAGAACAAGAGCAGCAGCCGGAAGAGUAUUCCCAGUACCAGCGGUAUCAACAGCAGGAACAAACCGAGAAAGACGGUCACAGUCACAAUUACCAGCAACACGAAUAUGCUGGUCCUGAGUCGCAGCACGAAGAAGAUCACGGUCAACAACAGUACCAGCAGCAUCAACGAGACCCAAGAGAUUCGCAUCAUUCGAACUAUGACAGCUCUAAUGGCGGCUAUAGUGUCGCAAACAGUUCUAGUUACUUGGGACAACCCAAAGCUCAGCACGGGUAUGGAGGCUAUGAUGACUCAGAUCAAAGUAGCAGAGACGAUGACAUGUGGUAGCAUUAGCAGAUUGGCCAGUCUGCACACGGCCUCUUUCUUUCAGUCUUCUGCCAGUCAAAUGGAGAAUUUACCUGUCCAAGCCAUUAUUUUCUUGUACCAGAUAAGCAUGGUUUCGCUGUCAUCAUUUCUGUUAGCCGUCGCGUUCUGUAGUUAGCUCGGAGUUAUCGAGCGUUCAUCGUUGGCCAGGUCGACCAUGGCGUGGCGUAUUGUAUGUAGAUGGGCCGGGCAUGGGUGGAGUCAAGGGUUUGGACUGGAUCGGCCAGGGGUGCUGAUGGAUGAGAGAUGAUGGGGUUAUCGAGUGAAGUCGGUAGUCCACGAAGAUGCCGGAUACAGGUGCAUUGUACAGUGGUCACAUCGAACAGAUGCUCGUAUAGUCCGGUAGAAAACAG